UUUCUCCGCAGUCGUUCGCAGCAGCGGCCGAAAAUCGGUCGGAAAAUUCUGAAGGUGAAGGAAACAGUGUCGAAGCAACGAAAUAACAAACGUCGCGCGAACGGAUUUAUUUACAAUUCGCCGAGAGUGUCGUGGUCGUGGUCGUGGUCGUGGUCGUGGCAAUGAUCCUGGAAGCGGAGCACCCGCAGCAGCGCGUCGCGAACGCCUGCCAGUCGGUGCGCCAGUCGCAGCUCCGCUGGCGGAUCUCGCACCUGUCCGCGGUGGCCGGGAGGAGGUUCUCGCGGGCCUCUUGCUGCGGGCGCCCCGUCAGCCGCAACCACUUCUUCAAGCACAGCCGCGCCUUCCUCUGGUUCCUGCUCUGCAACCUGCUGGUGGGCGCGGACCCCGCCCACUCGCAGCUGCUCAUCAACGUCCAGAACCAGGGCGGCGAGGUGAUCCAGGAGAGCAUUACCUCCAACAUUGGCGAGGACCUGAUAACGCUGGAGUUCCAGAAGACGGACGGCACGCUCAUCACCCAGGUCAUCGACUUUCGCAAUGAGGUUCAAAUCCUCAAGGCCCUGGUCCUGGGCGAGGAGGAGCGUGGCCAGAGCCAGUACCAGGUCAUGUGCUUCGCCACAAAGUUCAACAAGGGCGACUUCAUCUCCUCGGCUGCGAUGGCCAAGCUGCGCCAGAAGAAUCCGCACACCAUUCGCACCCCCGAGGAGGACAAGGGCCGGGAGACCUUCACCAUGAGCAGCUGGGUGCAGCUGAACCGCUCCCUGCCCAUCACACGGCACCUGCAGGGCCUCUGCGCCGAGGCCAUGGACGCCACCUACGUCCGGGAUGUGGACCUCAAGGCCUGGGCGGAGCUGCCAGGCUCCUCUAUCUCCAGCCUGGAGGCGGCCACCGAGAAGUUCCCGGACACGCUCUCGACGCGCUGCAACGAGGUGAGCAGCCUGUGGGCGCCCUGCCUGUGCAACCUGGAGACCUGCAUCGGCUGGUAUCCCUGCGGACUCAAGUACUGCAAGGGCAAGGGAGUGGCCGGAGGAGCGGACUCCUCGGGCGCCCAGCAGCCGGCACAGCCGACGAAUUAUCGCUGCGGCAUCAAGACCUGCCGCAAGUGCACACAGUUCACCUAUUAUGUGCGGCAGAAACAACAGUGCCUCUGGGAUGAAUGACGACGCGGCGAGCUGCAGCUGAUGCAGAUGCAGAUGCGCUGCGCCAGGCGGCGGAAUGGGAGCGAGGAUGAGGCCAGUGCCACCUGCCCGGGUGGUGAAACCAGAGGAGGAGCAGUAGCAGCAGCAACGACAGCGACAAUAACUGGGAGGAGGGAUGGCAAGGAUACGACGGCAACAACGACGACCAACAAAUUACGCCAACUGCUUUUGUUGGUCCAGCAGCAGAUGCCUUUUGCUCUGUGGAGUUUUCCGGUCCAUCACAUUUCCCAGUCCCACAGCCACUCGUCCUCCCAAUCCCAGCAUAAGCCCAGCCAGCAGCAGCAGCGGCAUCAGCAUCAUUCUCAGGUUGCCCCCACCUCGCACCACCCGUCAUCAUCGCCAGCUUCGCCAUCAUCAUCAUCCGCAAUGGCCGCCAUCGUUGCGUGAUAAUGAACACUCGAAAUACCCAACCUCCCCAAGCCCCAACUACACGUCCAGGAAAAAACAGAGUGUUGACACUUUUUCCGCUCACGAUUCAAGAUUCUGGACGCCGUCAUUUGACUGUAAGCCACUGAGGUGGAGGGUGCACCAUCAUCACAUCAGAAAAAAAGGAGUAAAGCGAAAUAAAUGUAAAAAUGUGCUUCUGUAUACUAUGUAUAUAAUAUGUAUAUUUAACGAUGA